UUUAUUGACGUUUAAGAGAUUCGGUGAGUUUUACACAACCUCACUUUAAUGAAUGACGUUAAAAACCAACUAACUGAAAACAAAUAAUAGUUUUUAGAGAACUAUAUUCAAACUAUUUUUCCAUUAAUACUCAUGAUUUAUUGAAAUGAAAAUGAGACCAUCUAUUUAUAUUUUCGUCUUCUAUUCAGUAUUUUAUUUAACUGUUGGAAAAAAGUUUAAAGAAAAUGAAAAACCAGAAUGGGCCAAAAAGGAUAUAAGGGACUUCACUGAUGUAGAUAUGGAAAGACUAUUGGAUCAGUGGGAUGAAGAUGAAGAACCUCUUCCUGAAGAUGAGUUACCUGAACACUUAAGACCGCCACCUCAAGUUGAUUUCUCAAAAUUUGAUGCAAGUAAUCCAGAAGCAGUGCUUCAAGCAUCGAAAAAGGGAAGAACUCUCAUGACUUUUGUUCAAGUUUCAAGUGCUCUAUCUAGAGAUGAAACUGAAGAGGUGACUAAAUUGUGGCAGUCCAGCCUUUGGAACAACCACAUUCAAGCUGAAAGAUACCUUGUAGAUGAUAACAGAGCUAUAUUCCUCUUUAAAGAUGGAUCUCAAGCAUGGACUGCAAAAGAAUAUCUUUUAGAACAAGAAAAAUGUGAAAGCAUUACCAUAGAAAAUAAAGUAUAUCCUGGAAAAUAUAGUAAAACAGCUAAAGAGGAGUUGUAAUGAGAUUGGAAGUGUAAACUUAUGAUAAUUAUUCAUUGUUGUUUAUUGUAAAUACUUUGAGUUCCAUUAAUUCUUGAGAAUUAAGUAUUAUUCCUAUAUAAGGUGUCUGGUACUUUACCAUUUUGAAUGUAAGAAGGAAAAUUAUAAAAAGCCUGAAUAUUUAUUCAUUAAAUCAUUUUUGGUGAA